AAACGGUACAAAGAGAGAGCCAAACCGCAGAGAGACAGAGGGUGCAGGAGGGAGAGAGAUGGGCUUUGUGGUGCUCUGUUUGGUCUGCUAUCUUGCAGGGGUGGGAGGAGCAGCAGCUACGAGAGGGAGGGUGGAGGAGAGGAAGAGGAGAAUUCACUCUGCCAUCUCGGAGAUGAGAGGGCCGGGUUUUCUCUACACCAGAACCCCUGGAAGAUGCACUCCCCAGUUCUGGGGCAGUGGAAGAGAAGCAUGGCCCAAUAUGGUCCCCCAGGAAGCAUCAGUCUCAAAAGUGUUUGGGUCAAGGGUGUUGGAGAGGUAUGAACCAGCUUUGACAUUAUUGGAGGCAACACAGAGGAAUGAUGAUGUUGGUGGCAAUGCCUUCUCCAAAUUAGUCAAGCAGUCAAGUGCAGCUCUCCUAAAUGCCUACACAAGGCCAGGCUUCGCUUACAGUGCUUGGGAGGUCAAGACUAUGCUCUUAGAGGCCCUUGUCUCAGAGGAGGCUGCCGCCUCCCAGGCCAAGCUUCUCGAGGAGGCUAACCAAGCUUGCACUUAGCUAGGCUCUGUUUCAUUCAUAUGCCUCUUAAACCUAUGUUAAAUGUCACUUUGUGGAUCCUUCUGUUGCCUAAGUCUUCAGUUGCCUUGCUACAUAUGUAUGUUCCAUGCAAGACAGAUUCUUUCACAGUGGUAGUUACUAUGGUGUUGGAUUAAGUUA